AUGCCAGAAAGCUCAAACUUACCUAGCAGUCUCGGACUUUUUGGUUGGAAUGGUGGUGUUUCUUGGAAUCAAUUUGGUCAUGACACCACCGGCAGUCUCAAUACCAAGAGACAAUGGAGCAACGUCCAACAACAGCAAGUCCUGGGUCUUGGAGGAGGUGUCACCAGUCAAGAUGGCGGCCUGAACAGCAGCACCGUAGGCAACAGCCUCAUCAGGGUUAAUGCUCUUGUUUGGCUCCUUACCGUUGAAGAAGUCAGACACCAAUUUUUGCACCUUUGGGAUUCUGGUGGAACCACCAACAAGCACAAUCUCGGCAACCUGGGACUUGUCAAGCUUGGCGUCUCUCAUCACCUUCUCAACCGGGUCCAGGGUCUGUCUGAACAGGUCCUGACAAAGCUCCUCGAAUCUGGCUCUGGUGAUGGAAGUGUAGAAGUCAAUACCUUCAUACAACGAAUCGAUCUCAAGAGAGGUUUGGGCGGACGAAGAAAGAGUUCUCUUUGCUCUUUCACAAGCGGUUCUCAAUCUUCUCAAAGCUCUCUGGUUUCCAGUGAGAUCUUUCUUGUAUUUUCUCUUGAACUCGUUAGCGAAAUGGUUCACCAGUCUGUGGUCAAAGUCCUCACCACCCAGGUGGGUAUCACCUGCAGUGGCCUUGACCUCAAAGAUACCUUCGUCAAUGGACAACAACGAAACAUCAAAGGUACCACCACCAAGGUCGAAAAUUAA